CGCCGCACGGCCUGGGCCUGGCGCGGGGGGCGGGCACCGGGGCCCGGUCGGACAUGGGCAAGAAGCACAAGAAGCACAAGUCCGACAAACACAUCUACGACGAAUAUGUAGAGAAACCCCUGAAGCUGGUCCUUAAAGUGGGGGGCAAUGAAGUCACCGAGCUCUCCACGGGCAGCUCGGGGCACGACUCCAGCCUCUUCGACGACAAAAACGAUCAUGACAAACACAAGGACAGAAAGCGGAAGAAGAGGAAGAAAGGAGAGAAGCAGGUUCCUGGGGAAGAGAAAGGGAGAAAGCGGAGAAGAGUAAAGGAGGAUAAAAAAAAGCGAGAUCGAGACCGUGUGGAGAAUGAAGCCGAAAAAGACCUCCAGUGUCAUGCCCCCAUAAGAUUAGAUUUGCCUCCUGAGAAGCCUCUCACAAGCUCUUUAGCCAAACAAGAAGAUUCUGAUUUAAUGAGUCUAGAAAAAGACCCAAGUGCUUUCUUUUCAUUUCCUGUGACUGAUUUUAUUGCUCCUGGCUACUCCAUGAUCAUUAAACACCCAAUGGAUUUUAGUACCAUGAAAGAAAAGAUCAAGAACAAUGACUACCAGUCCAUAGAAGAACUAAAGGAUAACUUCAAACUGAUGUGUACUAAUGCCAUGAUUUACAACAAACCAGAAACCAUUUAUUACAAAGCUGCGAAGAAGUUGUUGCACUCAGGAAUGAAAAUUCUUAGCCAGGAAAGAAUUCAGAGCCUGAAGCAGAGCAUAGACUUCAUGGCAGACUUGCAAAAAACUCGAAAGCAGAAAGACAAAACAGACACCUCGCAGAGUGGGGAGGACAGCGGCUCCUGGCCAAGAGAGAGGGAAGACUGUGGAGAUGCUGAAGCACAAGCCUUCAAAAGUCCCACUAAGGAAAAUAAAAAGAAAGACAAAGAUAUGCUUGAAGAUAAGUUUAAAAGCAAUAAUUUUGAAAGAGAGCAGGAACAGAUUGACCGCAUUGUUAAGGAGUCUGGAGGAAAGCUGACCAGACGGCUGGUUAAUAGUCAGUGUGAAUUUGAAAGAAGAAAACCAGAUGGGACAACGACAUUGGGACUUCUCCAUCCUGUGGAUCCCAUUGUAGGAGAGCCAGGCUAUUGCCCUGUAAGACUGGGGAUGACAACCGGAAGACUUCAGUCUGGAGUGAAUACUUUACAGGGCUUCAAAGAGGAUAAAAGGAACAAAGUAACUCCAGUGCUGUACUUGAAUUAUGGGCCCUACAGUUCUUACGCACCACAUUAUGACUCCACAUUUGCAAAUAUCAGCAAGGAUGAUUCUGACCUAAUCUAUUCAACUUACGGGGAAGACUCUGAUCUUCCAAGUGAUUUCAGCAUCCACGAGUUUUUGGCCACAUGCCAAGACUAUCCAUAUGUUAUGGCAGAUAGCUUACUGGAUGUUUUGACAAAAGGAGGACAUUCUAGGACCCUGCAGGAGUUGGAGACGUCAUCAUCUGAAGAUGAAGGCCAGACUAGGACACUUGACACAGCAAAAGAAUUAGAGCAGGUUCCAGCAGUCGAGCCAGCGGGGCGUUUGGACUGCAGCACUCAGGACAGGCUCGCCGCACUGAGAGCAGUAACGGACUUCGGCGCUGCGGUGGAAGUUUUUGACUCUGAAGAGGCCGAAGUGUUCCAGAGGAAACUUGAUGAGACCACCAAAUUGCUCAGGGAGCUCCAGGAAGCCCAGAACGAGCGUCUGAGCACCAGACCCCCUCCGAAUAUGAUCUGUCUCCUGGGUCCCUCCUACAGAGAAAUGCAUCUUGCUGAACAGGUGACCAAUAAUCUAAAAGAACUUGCACAGCAAGUAACUCCAGGUGAUAUUGUCAGCACGUAUGGCGUUCGGAAAGCGAUGGGGAUUUCCAUUCCUUCCCCCACCGUAGAAAACAACUUUGUAGACUUGACAGAAGAUUUCGAAGAACCAAAAAAGACAGGUGUUGCCGAAUGUGGACCUGGUGGGGUGUGAAGCUUAACUGGGAUUUGAUUAUAUAUUAUGUACAUAUUUUUUUCAUUCUGAACUUGGAAAUGCUUUUCAAAAAAUAUUAAAUAUUUGUAAAUUGUG